CUGCAGGAGUUUCCACCUGGAGCUUCCAGCCGCCUCAAAGAGGAAUGGACGGCCAGACUUGCACGACACUGACCCGCUUGCCUUUCUCCGGACGGAAAGCCAAGCCCAAAGCUCCCCUUCCUCCAUCUGAGACAAAGAUCACUGGCUCUUCUUUUGAUGAUUCAGGAAUAAACAACUUCGCUAUGGAACAAAAAGAGAAUAUUAUUGACAGAGACAUUGAACUGUCUGUGGUUCUCCCAGGGGAUGUGAUCAAGUCUACUACUGUUAAUGGCAGCAAACCAAUGAUGGACUUACUGGUAUACCUUUGUGCACAAUACCGUUUAAAUCCUUCAAGCCAUACUAUAGACCUGAUGUCAGCAGAGAAAAAACCAAUCAAAUUCAAACCAAAUACACCCAUUGGUAUGCUUGAAGUUGACGAAGUGAUUUUAAAGCCAAAACAGUUGGAUAAGAAGAAGCCCACUCCUGUCAUCCCAGAGCAAACUGUGAGAGUAGUAGUAAACUACAAGAAGACCCAGAAGACUAUUGUCCGAGUUAGCCCCCAUGCACCACUUCAAGAACUCGUGCACAUGAUCUGUAGCAAAUGUGAUUUUGAUCCUUUACACACUGUAUUGCUGAAAACUUACCAAUCCCGGGAGACUCUUGACUUGACAAAAUCCCUCAAUGACCUUGGACUCAGAGAACUAUAUGCAAUGGAUGUCAGCAAAGCCACCACACCAACUGCUGAAUUCAACUUGUCAUCUUUACAAGACUCUUGUCAAAACUCGCAAAAUUCUGACAUUUUGAAGGAGAAAGAAAAUAAAGGUUUCUUCGGCUUUUUUCAGCGAAGCAAGAAGAAACGAGAACAAACUGCCAGUGCUCCUGCAACUCCAUUAAUGAAUAAGCCAAGGCCAGCCUUUGUCAUGAGAUCCAAUAUGAUUCCGAAACAGUAUGACUCAAGUACCCUGCCAUCUGAGAUGCCAAAGAAGCGAAGAGCACCCUUGCCUCCAAUGCCUGCUUCUCAAAGUGUGCCGCAGGAUCUUGCACAAACCCAGGACAGACCUGCAAGUUGUGUGGUGAAAUCUAGCAGUGUGGAUGAAACCGAUAAGGGACUUUCAGGAAUAGGAAUAGUGAGAACAGGUUCUCUUCAGCUCAGCGGCACAUCAUCAGUUAAUUCUUCUCUGAGGCGGGCAAAGCGCAAAGCACCAACGCCACCUCCCAGAAAAUCCCAAGGCCAAAGCGACAACAGCAUUGAGACAGGUUCAGAAUCUGCAGAAUCGGUUCAUACUGAAGGCACUGUCAAAGGAAGAUGCUCAGAAGCAUUGUCUCCAACAGGCAAUGUAGUUGACCUAACCAGGACCACAGUGCCGUCAGGGGCCUCAUGCUGCUUUGAGCCAACCAAUCAUGAUCAAAACAAUAUCCAGCAAGUCUCAGAUGAAGGUAGUCGUUUGCUUAACGCUGAUACUCCAGAUGAAUCUGAAGUGUCUCUUAAAUCUGACAUAGGCUCUGAAUACAGCCUAGAGGAGAUAGAUGAGAAGGAAGAAAUGCAUGAUGACAGUGCAGACACCUCUGUCACCACACAAGACGUUCCCACCUCCUUCAGUGCUCCUGAAGUUAUUCAGAAAAAUCAGCCUGCUCCAUUGGCUUCAGAUCCUGCCCUUGGUGCUGGAGAUAAUGCAAAAGACUCAAAUGAAGAAAAAACAGAAAAUAUGAGCGCAGAUCACAAAGUUCAACAGAGUCAAAUAUUCAAUGAGAAAGUUACAAUUGACAGUGGCAAACCACUUGGAGCAUUGCAGCCAAAUGCAAACAAUGGGCACAGCAAUACAACAGUGACAGAAGAAAGAAAAACCCAUGCGGUAGAAGUAAGAGGAAGUAACAAGAUUGAAGCAUUGAACUUCCAAGUCUACCAAGAUGACAGCUCUCUUAAUCAGGAGUGUACCCCUCAAGCACUUCCAGGGGUGCAUAACCAAAAACAGGAUCCAUCAAUUGUCGAGACAGUAAAGACUCAGGAUGCUGCAAUUCAGACAAUCCCAUCGGAUAAUAAUUUAGGCCAAACUGCAUUACAUGAGCAUACGAAUUCUGGGGGUUACAAGCUGAUCACCCACAAAAGUCCAAGUCAUAUGCAGAGAUCAGUUCUAGUGAAUCAACCCUCAGGGUUCCUGAACAGGAUACAUGAGACAGUAGGAACCAUGACAGAACCCAGCCAUCAGAGGCAACAAUCCGUAGAUGAAAGAGCGAGUCCUUAUACCAAUCAAAACAAUGCAUUUGCAAAUGACAAUCACAUUCUACCACAGCGAGUUGUCAAAAGUCCAGUUAGUUCUCCCACAAAAGGUUACCCGCUUUAUUGGCAAGACUCAAAGCCCAAACCUAAGCCUUCCAAUGAGAUUACAAGAGACUAUAUACCCAAAGUUGGAAUGACUACUUAUAAAAUAGUGCCUCCAAAAUCACUGGAAAUAGUGAAGAACUGGGAAUUGGACACUGUGGAGAGGCAAGAAGCAGACUUUUUACACACAUCUCCGAAGAAUGAGAAUUCCCAAGAAUUUGGCACACAAACAGACAUCCUUAAUAUCUCAAAAACCCUGAAUAAAUCAGGACCUGGUUUUAGAUAUGAAGUUACAUUGCUGGGGAACGAUCCAUUGGCUAAAACAAGUGUUGAUAAUGCCACAGUCUCUUUCUCUAAUGCCAGAACCAAGAAAAUGGAAGUGGAACAUUCCAAACCUAAUCCAGACCAUGUAAUAGCUCCCUCAGUGCUAAGCACAGAAAACAAAAGUUGUUCACCUCCUGCAAUGCAAGAAAAAUCAAGCAUCUUAAGUCCUACAGCCAAGCCAAGCAAUUUUUUUUUGCAGAUGCAAAGGAGGGCUUCUGGGCAUUAUGUAACAUCGGCAAUUGCAAGAAGUGGUUCUGUUAGUAGCCCUACUCAAAAUGAAGCUAGAACUAUAGACACAGAGAAAAAGUUAGCAUCCCCAGAUCAUACUUCUUUUCCAUUUCCUAGAACAGUUAAUGCUCCUUCUCAGUUAGUAGAAGAAAAGUCUGAAAAUGGCCAUAAUAAGGAAAAAUCAGAAAUCACAACUCCUCCUGUAAAAAUGUCUACGUCUCUGAAUUCUCCACCAUCCCAGCCUCCUCCGUUUAACCUGAAAACUCUAAGGACUUUUGUUUUGCCACAACCAUAUUCAAGUUCCAGGCCCUCACCUUUUGCUCUUGCUGUAUCAUCAGCAAUUAAGAGAUCCCAGUCAUUCAGUAAAACAUGUACCAGUUCAAGCAGGCCAUUAAGAGAGCAAACUUCUCUUGACCUUUCUUCAUCAAUGUCUAACACUGAGAUAAAGGACCAUUCUCCUUUACAGAGCCUAACAGGACAGCCACGACAGAGCACGACAGACAAGAAAAAUAAUUGCGGAAGCCAUGAGCAAAACAAGCAGGUGCCCUCUUUAUCUGGCCCUCCAACAACUACUGCCUGUGAGAGAAAUGUUGCUGUGACACUCCAGCGCCCUGACCCAGAACAGAUCCACCAGACCUUGCUGGCUGCAAUCCGUUCUGGAGAAGCUGCUGCCAAAUUGAGAAGGGUAGGACCUCCAUCAAAUACUGUUGCCGUCAAUGGAAGAUCCAGCCUCAAUUCCUCGGUGUCUGUAGAAACAAGAUACAGUAAUCAUUAGGAUUUCAUACCAAAUAUUUUGCACUUUAAUCACUGCUGCAUAGACCUACUUCAGCAAUCUACUUAAUAGUUAACUGCAUAUUACUGCAGGCUAUGCAUAAAUGCAGGGUUGUAUUGGUAUAUAUUGUCAAAUGAAGCAUAGAAACUUCAUGGGAUGCCUCAAAGAAUUCUUAGACUAUAUAAUUUAUAGCAAUUUUUUUGCCUUUACUUUUUAAAGCUGAAAAUGCUGUUUCAGAACUUAUAACAUGGCACAGAAGAGUUUCAUCUUGUUUUUUGCUGCCAUGAUAAUCAGAUACAUUGAUUUCUACGUACUCCAUAAUAAAUUAUGUGUAGCAACAUGCUGUACAGAGCUAAAGUAUGACAUUCUAAAUGUUUAUAACUGCCUCAUAAUUAUGUUCAGAUGUAUAUGAGUUUUAAAUAUAGUUCUGCCACCUUGUUGUCUUGAUUUUUUACAUUGGAAAUUAAUUACUGAACUUAGCUGACUGUUUUCUAGAAUUGGAAUUGGUCUAAAAAUAUCUGAUGAGAUCCAUCCAAAGUUACACAUUUCCAAAUCCAGUUGUUUGCUUACAUCUUUUCAUUGAAAUCAGCAGGACAUAAAAGUGCUUAACUUUGGAUGGAUCAUGCCUAUUUGGGAUUUUCAUUAGUUAUUGUAUAUCUUUUAGAAUCAAAGUGAAGAAAUAAAAUAGGAAGUCUUUGUUGACUAGUUCAUUAAGACGAUAUGUGCGUUUUCUUACCUACAUUGUUUUGCAGUCUUAGUGUGUACAGCACAAAGUGCCUUUACUGUCACAAUGUGUUACAAAAGCAGAACUGGUGAGUUCAAAGCUGUGUUCUAAAAGCAGCGGCUAGGUCAGCAUUCCAAGCUAUGCAGAAGAAUCUGAACAGUACAUCAUGAGUGCCCUUGGCAGGUUUUGCUCUAGGUAAAUAUCUGAGGGCAGAUUCACACAACCUAAAAGAUAACUCCAGAAAGUAGGGGGUGUGAUUGCUGCUUGUUACCUUAUCUAGACUUCAGCAUGGAUUUUAUAGUCCUAUGCUGAAGUCCAGUAAUUUGCCUACCACCAUCCUGCUGCAAGUUUGACAGCUGAACAAAAGUGAGCAAGGGAUGUAUUGGGUAGGGCAAGGGAUGUAUUGGGUAGAUUCACAACUGAAGCAUCUGGGAAUGUGUUAGCUGUCAAGUAGCAUUUAAAAAUUAAGACAGCUCUGGGCUGCAGUGAAGACCCCAGAAACUUAUUUGGAAGUUGACAUAAACUCAAGACUAAGGAAAGGAGGCUGUUGAUCAGGUACAUCUUGAUGUAUCCUCAAGAGAGAGCAGCAUUGGCAUGAAGCAGCCAAAAUCCAUUGAAUUAGACUGCGAAUAUAUAAAGGAAUUAAGUAGCUGAAUACAGAAUUCUGUGUAUAGGAGUUUCCCCUCUAAUAUUAAUACAAGCAGUACCUUGUUUUGUUUUAUUGUCAGAUAACUUUUAAAGUAUUUCUUUGAAAUCCAGGAAAUUAAAAGCAGGGGAUGAAAAAGCAAAUCCCAAACAUCACUUUUUGUAAGUAGGUAAAGAGGUGGUGAUGAUUUCUACAUUAUAAAAUCUGUUUUAAUGACACUUUAAGCAAUACAAUGUCAAUGAAGUAAUUUUACCAGUGUAUAAAAUUCUGUUGCUGUAGAAUUUAAUAAUUGCUACUGAAAUAGGCAUGUAAGGUUGAGCAGCAACGCACAGACAGCCAAAUCCUCAGUAACAGAUGUGACACCUCUUCGUCUGUUCAUGUUUUCCUGUCAUUCCUGUCAAAUUAACAUUGCAUUUGUAUGACAAAAUCUAUUUGUGAUCUUAGCUCUGAUCAAGCAACUGAAUUGUAGAUAUAUGCGGCAAAUACCGGGAUAUUUGCAAUGUUCUAAAAUGAUUCGUGGUUUUUGUUAAAUAAAAGUAAUUGUAUUUA